AUGUCGUCCCGUUUUGAGUGUCUACCACCAGAGCUUGUGGACAAUGUCUGCGGCUACUCCAGCCUGGACGACAUAUGCAGCUUGCGACAGACAUCUACCACACUUGCGCAUAAGACCUACCGAUGCUUCGGAGAUCGACUGUUUCAUGAUUUCCACCUGAUGGUGACUAGUGACGGACUGCGGGCACUAGAAUAUGUCGCUGGACAUGAAGUCUUUCGCCGUCGUGUUAAGAAUCUCUACAUCCUACCGAAUGUUUUCCGCGGCGGAUACACAUGGUCAUUUGAUCAAUUCCGAAACCUGAUUCAUACGGGGGGAAUGAUGGGAGGCCGGCUGUCCCAACCCCCACCGGCUACACAAACCCGCAGUGUGGGUUCCGGUCCCGAUUUGGAGAGCCGUUACAUCCUCUACAAGGGUGUAGUUUCCGAUCAUAUCCGCACUUUCCUGCCUGGGUCUCAGGCCGGAAGUGAUUCUAAGACGCCCCUACAGUUGACACUUGAAAAGUGUCUACCCCUUCUCCCAAACCUACAGGGAGUGGGGUUGAGGGACAUCGAAGGCGGGUCAAAUGAACCCUGGUGGCCUUGCAAUGGGAGCUUUAGAGGGACGAAAGCCUUGGAGGCACACCUAGGCUUCAACCCGGUAUUCCCUCCCUUCUCAGCCCAAACUUUACUUUUCGCUCAGUCUACGGUCGGUCCAAUCCGAGAGAGACUUAUCAAGAGCAUUGUCCUCUCAACUCUUCUAUCUGCCAUUGGAUCUACACAGACGCAAAUCGAAUCCCUCCAGAUUUGCUGCCCAAUGGUAGUCGACAAUGGCCUGUUCCUCACGCCUGAGGAAGAGGCGGCAGUGCUGCCGAUUCUCCGGCAACUCAAGCACCUCGUUGUUUCCUAUUACCCACCGAUUGAUACAGAAGAAGAUUGGAAGCAAAUCUGCUUCAGCAAAGAGAAUGUGGAUUUUUUCUUGCGAGGGACCAAGCUUUGGGCGCAUAAGGGCUCCCGCCCAGGCAAAGGGCGAUGCGAGCUAGUUCCAUUCCUUUCCCAAGUUUCCUCCACCCCGGAGCAAAUCAGCUAG